GAAUGUGCCUCUCCAGUGUGUCAGUGUUCAUAUCUUCCUGUGUCAUGGCUUGAAUUUUAUAAGUAGUCACAUUCCAGUGUGGGAAACCACAGGUACGAGAUAAGCCGAAGAGAAAGGUAAGGAGAAAUGAGAUGAGAAAGACAGAGAGAGGUGAGGAAAGGAGAAGAGCGCCCCAAUAAGGAGACGAUGGGGGUCCAACACUGCUGUUUGCUGCUUUUGCUUGUGGGCUGCCAUGAAUGGAUUACAGGUGCCGUGAGUAGCAUCAGUCCUUACAUAAAGUAUUACGAGGGCUUGUCUUAUGACAGGGAAGAUCUUCACAGGAGGCACUUGAGAGCCAAGAGAGCCACACAAUCUCAGGACUAUACACUGCAUUUGAAUUUUACUGCUUUUCACAGGACUUUCCACCUGCUUUUGAGGCAAAACAGUGCAGUAUUUUCCAAAGACUUUACACUGGUCAGUGAAAAUGAUUCAACGUAUGUUGAUCUUUUCCACAUCUACUCAGGAAUACUAGAAGGUGAACCUGCCUCCGCCUGCCAUGGCUCUGUGUUACAGGGACAGUUUGAGGGAACUAUCCAUACAGAAAAUGGGACUUAUCACAUAGAGCCAUCUGACAGAUACACCAGCAGUCCAGCAGACCACCACUCGAUAAUCUACCGUGAGGACGACAUGGCUCUGUCAUACAUGACGUCUGCCCCCGAUGGAUUCUGUGCUGCAAAAACUCUAAACGUCCUCCUCGCCCAAAACCUCAGAUCCAGUCAGGAGGCACCAGUGAGCCGGGCGAGGAGAACUCUGGAUGAGUCAAAGACCACCUGCCUCCUCCACGUUCGUGCUGACUACCUCUACUACAAAAGAUUCAAGUCUGUCGAAGCUGUUGUGGCUCAGGUCGCCUCGUACAUCCGGGCUGUGAAUGACAUCUACGACAAGGUGGACUUCAGUGGAAUCCAGUUGAUCAACUUUAAAGUCAAGUCCCUCAGAGUGAUGACAGAAGAGGAUAAAAAUGACCCGCUGUCUCCUCUGUACAUCGGCCCCGAGAAGCUGCUAAGUCUGUACUCGGAGAACAACUGGGGCAACUUCUGCCUGUCCUACCUGCUCACUGACAGAGACUACAGUGGAGUGCUGGGGCUUGCCUGGGAAGGCAAAGCCGGAAACUGGGGAGGAGUGUGUUCAAAGCCUGCGACCCUCAAAAACGGUGUUAACUGCACCCUGAACACAGGUCUGGUCACAAUUCAGAACUACGGACAGUUUCUGCCUCCUCGACGAGUCCAGCUGACUUUGGCACACGAGCUCGGCCACAGCCUUGGAUCUCCGCACGAUGAGGGCGCUAACUGCGGGAACCUCGGCUCCGAUGUCGGUAAAGGCAGGUACCUGAUGUUUCCUUACGCCACAGACGGGGCGCGUGAAAACAACGAUAAAUUCUCACCCUGCAGCAUCAAACACGUUAGCAACAUCCUGAAGCUGAAGAAAGAUGACUGCUUCACGGUCAGUGAUCAGCCCAUCUGUGGAAACCAGAUCAUAGAGGAAGGUGAGGAGUGUGAUGUCGGUAACAAAGAUACAGAUCUCUGCUGCUACAGUGCUAAAGAGCCUGUAGGAAUCCAGUGUCACCUCAAGCCUGGUAAAAUCUGCAGUCCAAGUCAGGGCCUGUGUUGUGGUCAGAAUUGCGAGUUUAAGCCAGAGGGUCAGAGGUGCGACGAGGAGACAGACUGCCAGAAAGCGAGCGUGUGCUCAGGACUCUCCCCGCUCUGCCCCAAGCCAGCUGCCAAGGAAAACCUCACUGUGUGCAGUCAGGGCACGCGUGUCUGCCUGAAUGGGGUCUGCACUGGCUCGGUUUGUGUGAAGCACCGCCUGGAGAAGUGCGACUGUCCCGGAGACUCCAUGAGGGAGAAAUGCCACAUGUGCUGCCAGAAGCCUGAUCAGCCUGAGACUUGUGCAAGCACCACAUCGUCUGUUCUGUCCGAUCACUUCCACAAAAAAGUGUUGCCCCUGGUGGGUGGUGCGCCGUGCUCUGGAAACCGUGGAUACUGCGACAAAUUUCACGUAUGCCGCAUCCUCGAUGCAGACGGCCCCAUCGCGAGACUGAAGAACUCCUUUCUUCAUUUGGAUGACUUCGACGACGUGGGAGAGUGGAUGAAGGCUCACUGGUGGGCCAUCCUGCUGGCUAUCCUGACGCUGUCUGGAGUCAUGGGCUGCACAGUCUGCCUCUGCAGCAUUAAACUGGACACACGUAACUUGGAGUGACUUUUUAUCCCUGAAGACUCUUGAAUAAACGUCCUUUACCUGAGAUCUUCAGGUGCCACGUCGAGGAGGAUUCAUCAGCUUUGUUCAACUGCCCAAAAACUCAGCCAUGUUCACCGAUGUCUUUGUGUAACUCUUCACAUUUAGGAAAGACGCAAGAGUCUCCUGUGAUGUAUGUGUUGUGGAAAAUGUUGCUUCUUCUGCUGCCAAAUGUGGAUCAGUCAGCUGCCCCUCAGAAAGCUGAAGCACCGCUGCAAUGUAAAGCCAUCUGUCACUACAAAGCCUUAAAUGCACGGAGCAUGUUUAAGACACUAAUUUCAGCUAUGAGGAGCAUCCAGCUUUCCAUCUCAACCAUAGCAACACCUGCAACUGAAGGGUCUGCGUGUACAUAGAGUUUGACGGUACUUUCUUUCAGUAGAUACUAUUUUGCAAAUCUUUGGGCAAAUACUGUGUUUUACUCCGCUACAUUUAUCUUCAAUCUUCUUAACAACCUACAUAACAGUUUAGAAUAAGAUAUAAAACAAACUUAUCUACGAGGUCAAACCAGCAAGUUCCAACCUUUGUGGUCCUGUAAGGAACCAAAGUGUGGUUAAACUAAAGCUGACGCUGCAGUUUACGGUGUCCUUACUCAGCAUAUCUUUGGGGUCACCUUGACACAUGUAGCCAAACACGUGUCACAACACCACAAUUACAAGGACUUGCAGAAACAACACCGCUCGCUGGGCUCAAUCCAGGACUGCUUGCACUUUUAUAUCAGAAACAGUUGUGAGUGUUUAAAUUGUUAAAACUGUUUAGAUCAAACACACUUUGAUAAUAUUUUUUAACGGACCAA